AGACUCUCCAAGGAGGCUGCGAUGGAGACAGGAUGAAACUGACGGGGUGUUUUUCGGAGAGUGCCCCUGGGGUGUCAUUACCUGGCGGCUUUCCGGUGUGUAUCAUUACCCGAACCAUUUAUUUAAGGAAAAAAAUGGAGUGCAUUAAAAUUUUCUCGAUGCCGGAGGAUUAUGGACCAUUUCAAUAACGACCGGCGGUGUAACGCUGUGGAUAACUGCCUGUUUACUCUGUUUUCCUUCUUCGUGAUUUUUCUUCUUAUUUACUCUUGCUGACACAUUUUCUACGCAUAUGUGUCAAACAUUUUUCUUUCAAAAUGUUGAAUUUAGCGCUCCCUCGACGUGAAGGAUAUUCGUGGCACGUCAUAUUUUGUUGUUGGACAUGAGGGUGUAAAGGUGUGCAAACCUGUGGACGCGCGCCCGUUUCGGAGACAGUAUGAUACAAUAUUUUGACAUAAGCGUUAUUUUCCGUGUUACGCUCUAUUGCGCAUGCCUAGUGGUAGAUAUAGAACACUGCCCGACGCCACUUCACUCCGUCCUGGCCGUGAUGUAGGAGCAAAAGUGAAGGGAAACGGAGGACUAAAAUAAUGCGUUGGCAAAGUGGCAGCGUGGCAACCAAAGGAUUUGACUUUAGAUCCUUCACGAUAUAGAUUGUGCCAUAAACUGAAGAAUGUCAGGGACACCAAAUGCAGAGGCUGAAGGAGUAGUCUCCAAAGUACAAGUGAAAAAGGAGAUCAAGACAAUCGUGGAGAAUUUGGAAACCAUCCUGGGAGACCUUAAGGAUGUAGCCAAAGAGCUGAAAGAGGUUGUUCAUGACAUCGAUACCCUGACUGGCGACCUGCAACUGGAGGAAGACGGGAUGACAGAUAGCUCCAAGACAGACACGCUCAACUCCAGCUCGAGCUCCACCACCACCACCACCACCGCAUCCAGCCUGGAGAAGAUGAAGCUCUUCCCUGAUGACUGCAUCUUCAAAAUACCUGCACCCAUCGCCCCUGCCCCUGUUCACCCUCCUACAGUCUUGACUGUCCUCAAGAAACCCCACCCUCCCUUACCGCCACCCAGACUCACCCCGCUGAGGGCCGAGGAACACAACACCAAGAAUCUGCCUCAUCCGACGUUAGUGUUAUCAGGGAAUAUAUCCAAGGCUGCCGGAUCAGUAAUGAGGAAUGGCAGCGUUUUUCCGUUGAAAUCAAACAGGGAUUUAUUCUCCUCCACACCUUGUUUCAUGUCCAGUGACGGAAUUCCUGAGUCAGGUCUUGUUCCAACAUUACCUAGACCCAUGCCUCUGCUCCGCCAUGAAAAGAACAAAUGUCCCAAGGCCCCCGGCAGAGAGUCUCGUGAAAGAGAGCGUGUGCGAUUUAGCGAAAAGGUCCAGUACCACGGCUACUGUCCGGACUGUGACCUCCAGUACGACGUAGACAACACAGAACUUCACAUACAGGCCGAGCUGAACGACUUGAGACUCAGUCCACUGCAUUGCUGCUCUUCCUCCUCCCCUCCUCCUCAUGCUCUUCCUCAUGAACUGAUGUUGGAAAACGGCGGGCUCCCAAUGAGCCACAGUUUCCCGCCGACAACAAACACUCCUCCGCCUUGUGUGCCUCCUCACCCGCCUUCCCUCAAGCCCCAGAAAACAAUCCUGCGCAAAUCGACGACUACCACGGUUUGAUGCCAAACCGCUUGUUCAGUCUAACUUAAACAUUCUUGAAUCAUUCAUAGUGUUUUCUACUUUAUGAGCGCUUUCUACUCCAGUUGAACUUUGGAUUAUCCAAGCAGAGAGAGAGGAAGAUUUAGGAAACAGGAAACAAAAGGAUGAAUAAAGUGGGUGAAACAGAGAGAAAGCCAUCGCCAUGGGCACUGAGAUGUACGCAGGGAGAUCUGGAAGAAGCGGGCCCAUUGACAUACCUGAAAUACAUGGAGAAGGGAUGCUUGUCUCAUACACUUUUCGGCCCUGGUUGAUCGAGGGCAGGGGGGACCCAGAGCUGAGAUCAAGCGUCAACCUUUUUAUUUUUCUAUAUGAAGUGUUCAUAAUUCUCAGCUACCAGGAGAUCAUCUAUUCACAUUUUAACUUUUGAGCCCUGAAAAACCUCAAGGCUGAGCUGUGUGCCAGAGCAUUGUUGCUGUGAAUCUUUGGAAAGAGAAGAGGCUGUCGUUGUAUGCAGUAGCAUACAGAUACAUGAAUUUAUAGCAGUGGAGGUGAUAUUUUUGUUACAGAGAAAUAAUUGAAUUAAACAUUAGAAUGCUGCUGAAAACCCUAUCAUCAAAAGUAUAGAGGCGAGUCCAGAUGAAGAGGUAUAAGAUGGGGUGAAAUGAUGUCAGCCAGUAUUUCAUUGAUGUCUUUUGCUCUGUGCAUACUCAGAUGGAAAUCAAUAGCUCCACUCAACCAAUGGAAUUUGCCUUCUUAAGAAUUGUAAUUGUUUGGGUCUGGAGAGCCUGCCAGCUCUGGCUGGGAGCAUCAUGCUGCUCUGCUGGACUGCAGAUAAGGAGAAAAUAAUACAUUGUGCCAUACGCACAAUCACAGUGUAUUUUUGAAAGACUUAAUGGUUUGAAAUGAAUGGUGAUGUGUUCACUGAUCUGUGUCCAGACAUUAUCUCCAUUAUACAUCAAAAUCGUUGUGCUCAACCAGGGGACAUGCAAGCUACGUUUUACUUUCACAAUAACAUGCAGAGAUUACACUACAGUGGCGUAGGUACAGCUUUAAAGGAUCCUUGAAGAAGUAAUAAUUUGCAUCAAAUUUUCUUUGUAUACAAAUACACAUGUACAUGUUUGAUAUCUAUAUAUUUCAGGCAUUUUUCUACAGAGACUUUAACAUUUAAAGAGAUGAUAUUUUUGAUAUUGUGUUGGAUGACAGAGGUAUUUUGACGAAAGCUGACAUUCCUUAGAAGUACUUUCUUUUCAGCAGGGCAUACGGAUGAGUUAUUUAUAUGAAAAGUAAGGGGAUGACAUUUGUAUGGAUGAAAAGUAAGUGCUUAAGUAUUCAGUACUUUAGUAAAAUUCUGCAGAAUGGGCUUUGUUGUGUGAGAGAAACUGCAGGGUGAAGAGGAUGAAAGGCGUAAACCAAAUACCUAGUUGUGCUUUAUCAGACAGGAGGCAUGGGACUGAAUGAAUGCAUGACUGACUCUUCACUUUGUCCUGCCAUCACUGUGUUUUCUAUGCAUUUCUGUGGAGAGGCUGUCUGUUUGAAGGUCCAACAUGCUGGUAGCUCUAAUUUCCUCAUAUGAUGUCAGUCAGGUUGUUUCUGGGGUCACUUCCUGGCAAAUGUCCUGAGUUUUCUUACACGACCCUGAGCAAUGAAUAAUUGGCAGUAAAGUGUUUAAAGUAAAUAAAUGAUCAAAUCUAGAGACAAAAUAUUAAAUCAAGAAACCAAAUUGAAGGAAGAUUUUAAAUCUGUGUAGCUGAAUACAUUUUCAUAGGCUAUUUUUGGAUCAAUGAAUAAUGGGAGACAACCAAAAAUACACACAGCCUCUCUCCACAUUCAAACUGGAGGCACCACACUUGUAAACUCCACCUCUUUGUUCUCACUGGACACAGAAACUGAUUUUAUUAAAAAAAACUUAAUUAAUUAAGAAUCAGUUUUGAAGAUGACUGGAAUGUCAGUGGUAUUUUGUUGUGUGCCCACAAACUGUUGGAUAAUAACUUGUGAGAAGUAAAUACUUUACACUUGA